UCACUUCCGCUCCUUUUAUUUGCGCCAUUUUGGAUUGGGCAGUUUGCGGGUUUGCUGUGUAUUGUCCGUCAGACGAGAAUGGGCAAAGCAAUUCUCACUACCGGGGAAGUAUAGGCACAGUUAAAGGUGAAUUUCUAUUUCGGGAGUGAAACGGCCAACAUGUGUCCGCCCUCGGCGCUCCGCGGAACGGCCCCAUUGGUUGUCCGGUGAAGCUCGGAGCGCUCUCCGUUUCCGCUCUUUGGCCAGAGGAGACAGGGUAGCCGCCGCUUGGUAAGGGACCGUCGGGCUCGGGGAGGGAAGACCGACGGCCGAUGAUCCUCCUCAGAAGACACCUGGGAGGACGCAGCUGUGCGCGCUAGAGUGUGAAGACACGGCCUCGGUCAGCCUGAGGUGACGCGGUUCGCUCAGACGGGAGUCCUGGAUGUGAAAGCAGGCGGGCAGAAUGUUCCAGCUCCCAGUCAAUAACCUCACCAGCCUACGGAAAGCCAGGAGAAAUGUCAAGAAAGUCCUGGGAGAUAUCGGCCUGGAGUUCUGCAGAGAUCACCUACAGGACUAUAAAGAUUUUAACCCUCCUGAGGUGUAUAUUAAGCACACAACCUGGGAAGAUGUGUGCAUGUGGGAACCAUCCCAUACCAAAGUCCAGGACUACAGAUCCAAACCUUUUUGCUGCUCUGGCUGCUUAUUUUCAUCCAAGUAUUUCUCAGCAUACAAGAGCCACUUCCGCAACGUCCACAGCGAGGACUUUGAGAACAACAUUCUGCUCAAUUGUCCCUACUGCACUUUCAAUGGCAACAAGAAGACCCUGGAAACGCACAUUAAACUCUUCCACAUGCCUAAUAACAGCGUGCGGCAGGGGCCCGGUGCCGUGGCAGCGGCGGGAGCUGGCGGGAUCAUGACGAAGGACGGCUUGCUGAAGAGGACGGUGGAUAACGUGGAACAGGCGGUGUACUACUGCAAGAAGUGCACCUACAGGGACCCUUUGUACAAUGUGGUGCGAAAGCACAUCUACCGGGAACACUUUCAACAAGUGGCCCAUCCUUACAUCGUAAAGCCAGGAGAGAAAACAAACAGUCAGAAUGGUGGCACAGCGGAGAGCAACACCACGCACGGUGGUAACGCAAACCAAAUUCGCUGCAAGAAGUGUCUGUUUGUUCCGCGGACCUACGAAGCGCUGGUCCAACACGUCAUCGAGGACCACGAGAGGAUCGGCUAUCAGGUCACAGCCAUGAUCGGCCACACCAGUGUGAUAGUCCCUCGACCAAAAGCACUCGUUAUGUUCCCGGCCAAAACUCAAGGAGACAAGACGAUUAUCGGGAUGGGCCCCAAAGGAGCAGUGUUGGCCACGCCGCGGUCUUCUGCGUCCCAGCAGCUUAGUCGAGCCGCUGCUGCUGCUGUCGCAGCAUCGAAGGCUGCCUUUAACUCCCACAGUUUUCUAACUGGACUAAAACAUGAGCCUUUGGGGUUAAAGGCAAGCAGCGUGCAGCCGUUCUCUCUCGGUAACCACCACAUUAGAGGAACUCUGCCGGGAAACGCUCAGGUGUCUGUGCCUCAGCAGUCGCAUGCAGCAAAGCAGCUCAUCUCCGUCACUAAUCUGCGGAGCCCGCUGGUGGCUGGCGCUUCUUCCUCCCUCAAAUCCAACCCGUUGGGCUCGCGUGUUCAGGCGGCUGCCACCACAGUAGCGGCUGUCACAGCAAAGAAAGGUGGCUCCUCGGUUCUCGGCACGUCCUACACCCAGAAGUGGAAGAUCUGCACCAUCUGCAACGAGCUGUUCCCAGAGAACGUCUACAGUGCUCACUUCGAGAAGGAGCACAAAGCAGAGAAGGUGCCUGCUGUGGCCAACUACAUCAUGAAGAUUCACAACUUCACCAGCAAGUGUCUGUACUGCAACCGCUAUCUCCCCAGUGACACGCUGUUGAACCACAUGCUAAUCCAUGGCCUGUCCUGCCCGUACUGUCGGGCGACGUUCAACGACGUGGAGAAGAUGGUUGCCCACAUGCGGCUGUCGCACCCUGAGGAAAAGGUCGGACCUCGCACCGACUCUCCACUGACUUUUGACCUCACUCUGCAGCAGGGAAACCCCAAAAACGUUCAGUUGAUUGUCACUACAUAUAACAUGAGGGAUGCACCCGAAGAGUCAGUUGCAUUUCACGCCCAGAACAGCACCUCCUCCAUCUCGUCAAACCUCUCUGCUUCUCUUCUAGGGGGGAAGAGGUUGAUGCCUCAGCAGCCAUCUAAAACAUCAUCGGGCCUCUCAGACAUUCUUCAAAUCAAGAGCGCACCGCAAGCUUCAGUUCCUUACAAGAGAGACGUUGGAAAGACUCUGUGCCCUCUCUGCUUCUCCAUCCUCAAGGGCCCAAUCUCAGAUUCGUUGGCCCACCAUUUAAGAGAGCGGCACCAGGUGAUUCAGACCGUUCAUCCUGUAGAAAAGAAGCUGACCUAUAAAUGCAUCCACUGCUUGGGGGUUUAUACAAGUAACAUGACUGCAUCUACUAUCACGCUCCACUUAGUACACUGUCGAGGUGUGGGGAAGUCGCAGAACGGACAGGACACCAGGGUCACCCAGUCUUCUCGCGUCAGCCAGUCUCAGAGCAGCGCACUGAAACGGCCUGGCUUUGAUAGCUCUGACACCAGCGCACCGAAGCGAAGGAGGCCGGGACCUCCUGGACAAAGGGCUCACCCUGGGGACCUCAAUGGUCCGUCUUACUUUGAAGAAAAUCCAAACGAACCUGUAGUCCUUGCUCUUGACCCCAAAGGUCAGGAAAGUAAGUCGUACGAGUCCAGGAAAGAGUUUCUGACGCAAUAUUUCAAUCGUGCGCCAUACCCUACCCAACGAGAGGUGGACAAGCUGGCAUCUAGUCUUUGGCUGUGGAGGUCGGACGUCUCUGGACAUUUUGUCGGCACAAGGAGAAAGUGCGUACAGGAGUGUGAAAGCCAGCGGCCCAGUGUGUUGCUGGGAUUCAGCAUGCACGACCUCAGCAAGCUUCGCCACGACCUGGAAUUUGACGCGGAUGCCGCUUACGAAGGCAAACACGGCAAGCAGCGGACUUCCAGGACACGCAUGGGGGUAUCAGAACAGGCUCUACAGAGACACAGGGAACACGUGGCUGCCAACGGUGGAGUUGAGCAGCCGCAGGAGGGAGAGUUGGCGGGGAAGGAGGAAGGUUUGCUUCCCAAACCAAGUACUGUCGGCAGAGACCAAACCAAGACAAUCAGCAGCACCUUACCACAGAAAAUGCCUCUAGACCUCUCUGAGCCCAUCUCCAUAGACUCUGAAAGUGAUGAGGAAGAGCAGCAGAGGAAGGACAAGAAACCAGGGGCAGCAGCACAUAUCCAUGGUAACCAGCAGUUUACUGGCUCUAAAGAGAGACUGGAGACAAGGACAGACAUCAAAACGGUUUCAGAUCUGGACGACAUGUCUGACGACGACGACGAUGACGACGACGACGAGGAUGACGAAGAUGACGAAGAUGAUGAAGGGGGACAUGUAGAGAAUGGUUUUGGCACUACUGAGAACUCAGGAAGAGACAGUCUGCCCAUUAUUAUCCCCAAGUUUGUCCCAUCGUCCGCUAGAAACCAGAGAGAUGGAGCCCAACUGGGCAAACAGCAGUCCUGACUGCAUCAGUCAGUCUGAGAAGAUCACACCAAUAAAUCUGCCUCACCUGAAUUAAAUGACAGCUGCACUGGAUUACAGGGGUGAAGCAAAAGGGACAAAUAAAUAAAUUUUAAAAAGCCAUCUAUUGAUGUUAGAAAGCAGAACUAAGCAAGCAGUUAAAAUAUACAGGAGACGAGCAAAGAUGGGAAAGUUACACCAAACAAAAAUGGGAAGUUUUUGCCUUCUAUAUUCUUUAUUUCUUUGAGAUAAAAGAGUUAUUAACAUUGCUUUAGCCACUGAGCUCCUCAGUAUUCCUGAAGCGAUGUUUGGGGGUAAAACCUUUAGAAACUGACCAUAUAAUUCACCAUUUUUCAUGCAGGUAUACUAAGAUAGAUAGUGUAAAUUUGUACAGUCUUUUAAACAUGUUUGAACAGACAUCGCUGUACAUGUAUCCUUAAAUAUCACCUGUGUGUACGGUAGCCUCAUGUUCUCCAUUGCUAUGCUUAAAAACUAGGUGUUGCUUUUGUGGAUUGGUAUUUUCAUGCUUAUUUUUUAACUAAAUUAGUUUUGUUUCGCCAAAUAAAUAUAUAUAAAUAUAAAUGAACGGAACAUUUUCUUUUAUUGUAACUCUUAUUUUAUUUUUUAAUUAUUUGGCAACAUUGCUCUUUAUAUUUCUGUUGACAUAAAGGAUCAUUUUAUCCAUUUUUGGCAUCUAUUGCUCAUUAUCUUUGACUAUACUGUGCUUGUUUUUUAAAAAUGUACCCACAAGACUGGAAAGUAACCGGGAUACUGGCAAGAAAGCUUCUGGUUUUGCUUCCAAAGGACAUUAUUGUGUUCACCAUGUGUUCUCUGAAUUGUGUGUAUUUUAUUUUUGUUUAUUUUAUUUUUCACCUAAGCAUUUAUGAACAAUAAAGUGCUGUAAUUGUGACUUUUUA